AUGGGUCUCCCAGACACCAAAGAACCAAUUGACAAUGGCGAAAGCCAGACCAGCUCGCAAACGGAUGAGCUGCCGCCUCUCACGACAACCACCGAACGCAGAUUAAUGGCCAAGGUCGACUGGCAUAUCCUGCCCGCGAUCUGUAUUCUGUACCUCCUGGCCUUCCUGGACAGAGUCAAUAUUUCCAAUGCGGCCAUUCUGGGACUCAAGGAGGAUUUGGAUAUUGUCGAAGGAACGAAAUAUAAUACUGCGCUCACGAUCUUCUUCGUCCCCUAUAUCAUUUUUGAAAUCCCGUCCAAUGUGCUUUUGAAGAAACUCAAGCCGCAUGUCUGGCUGUCGCUUUGCAUGUUCAUGUUCGGUCUGGUCAUGAUCUUCCAGGGUCUGGUCACGAACUGGAGUGGAUUGAUGGCCACCCGGUUCUUCCUCGGUGUCUUCGAGACCGGCAUGUUCCCAGGAUGCUUCUAUCUCAUGGGUAUGUGGUACAAACGCUCUGAAGCGCAGAAGCGUUUCAGUUUCUUCUUCAGCUCGACCACCUUGGCUGGUGCUUUUGGUGGUCUUCUGGCUAGUGGAAUCGCCAAGAUGGAGGGCAUGCAAGGCUACCGCGGCUGGCGCUGGGUGUUCAUCAUUGAGGGUGUUUUGACGAGCGUUGUUGCCAUCAUCUUGUUCUUCUGCAUUGCCGAUUUCCCCGAAGACGUCAAGUGGUUGAAUGAGGAAGAGCGCGCAUACAUGCGUGCUAAGCUCGCGAAAGAUGUGGGCAAGGCUGCGCACGACGUGCGCUUGGGCAAGCGCGAGAUUCUGGGUGUUUUCAAGGACUAUAAGGUGUUCGUGGGAGGUUUGAUGUACUUCGGAUUGAUUGUCCCGGCGUAUGGUUACGCCUACUUUGCCCCCACGAUCAUCAAGACUUACGGCUACGACAACAUCAUGACCCAGCUCUACUCGAUUCCUCCCUGGGCUGCGGCCUUUGGAUUCUCCAUGGUGGUGGCUACCUGUUCUGACAAGAUGCGACACCGAUUCGCAUUCACUCUGCUACCAAUGGCCGUGGCCGUGGCCGGGUUCAUCAUGCUUCUCACGAUCCACGGCAAAACAGCGCCCCAAUAUGGCGCUCUCUUCCUAGUCACCAGCGGAUGCUACAGCGCCAUGCCCGUUAUCGUAUGUUGGUUCGCCAUGAACCUCGGUGGCCAUCAUCGACGCAGCGUGGGAACCGCCUGGCAGGUCGGCUUCGGUAACAUUGGCGGUAUCAUUGCGACGUACUCUUUCGUCGAGAAGAAUGGUGUCACUGAUUACCGGACCGGAUACAUCAUUUGCCUUUCCUUUGUGUGCUUCUCUGCUGCCAUGUGUGUGGUUUACAUGCUGGCAUUGUGGUUCGAGAACCGCAAGCGCGAUCAUGCGGCGGUUGAUCCUGCGGCGAUCCCUGAGGAAGAGGAAGAAUAUCUCGGUGAUAUGGCGCCCACCUAUCGGUACCAGUACUAA